AUGUCAAUGUGGGAAAAAGUACAGCUCGGUGUAAACAAUUAUGGAGGCUUUCAAACGGGCGAGCUUCCCGGCGCAGGGCAACGCCAAAUGCAACCCAACAACCUCGCCGCAGACGUGAAAGCGCCCAACUCCAGCGACAAGCCCAAGCCCUGCUGCGUAUGCAAAGACGAGAAACAGGCGCGCGACGAGUGCAUGCUCUUCUCCACCUCCGCCGAUCCGCAAGCUGCGUGUCAAGAUUUGGUGGGCAAGUACAGGAGUUGUAUGGCGGGGUUUGGGUUUAAUCUUCCGUGA